CCAGCUUUUAAUUUUGUGUGAGCGUGAUUCGAUCCAGGAUCUCUUGUAGAGCCUCGAGAGAUUCAACAAGUUGAACUAUUUAGCGGGUUCUCGUGCGAGAGCUACUAGAAAUGGAGGCCUCAGCGGAGAUUGUUUUCUUCGACUUGGAAACGACAGUUCCCAGAAGAGCUGGACAACGCUUCUGGGUGUUGGAGUUUGGUGCAAUCAUGGUCUGUCCGCGGAAGCUUGUCGAGCUGGAGAGUUAUAGCACCCUGAUAAGGCCCAAGGACUUGUCCGCGGUUGCGUUGAAGUCGAGUCGAAGCGAUGGGAUAACACGUGGAGCUGUAGAAAAUGCACCUGAGUUUGCGGAAGUUGCUGACAAAAUAUUCAGCAUUUUGAAUUCCAGAGUGUGGGCAGGCCACAAUAUACAAAGAUUUGAUUGUGCUCGGAUUAAAGAGGCCUUUGCUGACAUCGGUAGGCCGGCCCCGGAGCCAGUUGGAAUGAUUGAUUCUUUAGGAGUCUUGACCGAGAAAUUUGGCAGAAGAGCUGGUAACAUGAAGAUGGCUUCACUGGCUUCUUACUUUGGGCUUGGGCAGCAAAAGCACAGGAGCCUUGAUGAUGUUAGGAUGAAUUUGGAGGUCCUGAAGCAUUGCGCAACUGUGCUUUUUCUGGAAUCAAGCCUUCCGAGCAUGUUGAAUCGCAAAUGGAAUAGCUCUCUCACAAUUACAACAAGAAGUAGGAGCAGUGGAAAAUUAUCAUGUAGAGAAGAAACAAGCAGGAAAUCUCCUGCAACUCCAAUUGCAUAUCAAAGAACUGUUCCCUACACAAGGGGAAGCUUGGGGAAGAUGACAGAAAGUGUGAAGAAUCUAUUGUGUAAAUCUCAAGGAAACCGGCCUCUCAACACCUUGCUCAAGCAUUCUCAUUCACUGCUUCGUUGAUGAGAAAUUCAGGAACUAAGUACAAUUUGGUAAAAAAUGAGAAGAGAUGUUCACAAUUUCUGGUUGGAGAGGAAGAAAAUUGAAUCCAUGUUGUUCAAGAGGGCAGGCCAAUUGAUGCAAGAAAAAUUCAAUGGCAAAAGUAAUUUGUCUAUGCCAUAGAAUUU